GUUACUUCCCUUUGACUGAACGCAAUACACACGUGUUGUUGUUGGUGUCUGUUCAUGAAAAUGGCCUCAACCAAAAAAGUUGGAAUAUUAGUGGAAUUUAACUAUGAAGAUUUAGAGUUGUGGUACCCCCUGCUGCGACUACGAGAGGCCGGGUAUACUGUGGUUACAAUAUCUGGAGAGAAAGGAAAGAAGUACACAAGCAAACAUGGCUACCCCUGUGUGUCGGACGAAGCCAUUGAAAAUGUUUCAGUGGAGGACCUUUCUGCCCUGAUAAUACCGGGCGGUUUCUGCCCUGAUUACCUUCGCCGGGACAAGAGAAUGGUGGACCUGGUCCGAAACAUGUAUACUUCAGGGAGGCCAGUGGCGUCCAUAUGUCACGGUGCCUGGAUGUUCUGCUCGGCCAAGAUCUUGAAAGGGAAACGAGCAACCUGCUUCCAUGCUAUCAAAGACGACGUGGAGAAUGCUGGCGCUGUUUACGAGGACUCACCAGUUGUGGUUGAUGGGAAUUUAAUCACCUCGAGAAUACCACAGGACCUCCCUGACUUCUGCAAGGCAAUUCUGCAACAGCUCAGCAGUGAAUAAAUUUCGCUAACAUUUAGUGCGGGAUGAUGAAAAUGGAUGUAUUGAAGCACAUGCAUGUUUCCCAGAUAAUGUUUCUUUGCCAAUUAAUAUACUCACAAUUAAUUAAUUUUUCAUGAUUUUUCUAUGAACAUUGCUAUCUUCUAUCGCAAAUAUCAUUACGGACACGUCAUGUUGAUUUAAGAUCGUGCUUAAAAUAUAUAUUAAAGGCGAAUAACAAGGAAAUGAUUCAUGACUUCGUUAAUAUUUAAAUAAUUGUGUAAACGUGAUUUGUGAUUUUGCAUACAAUAUCUAUUUUUUUUGCUUGACACUACUAAAGGGAAAAAAAUCAACACGUUUGAAAAAAAUGCGUUUCUUUCUUAACACAGAAAUGACCCUACAUGUGUACUUACUGUAAAAUUGUUUCAUGUUAUUUGUUUGCCUUCAUGUGUUGCCACAGUCAGCAAUUUUCUUAUAUAUUAUUGCGGUCUGUAAGUAAUUGAGUCAGGGCCAACGAAACAAGUGGUUGAUGUUGUGAGCAUCGUCCCAAGCACUUGACCAAGCCAAUAAACCUGACCAACUAAUCCAGUUUAGUCGCCAAGCAAUAAAGUGCUGGGGACAUAUUCUACACAGGACCCGGAUUAUGAACUUUUGUGUCAUGACAGGUGCCCAUGAAGGGCAUUUGUGUGACUGUUUAACCACUUACAUGGUCACAUAUGGUCAGUAGGGGGACACGGGAAAGGCGCCGCGAAUCGCUGUGCGGGGUUAAGUUCCUUUGGGCACGCCAGAAACCUAUGAUUGUGGGUUCGAAUCCCAGUUCGCCCCUAUUAUGUUUCAAGGUU